UCCUCCGAUUUUAAUAUUCUCUUUUUAAAGAAACGCAUCCACUUCGUCUUCCACGUGGAUUCCUGCCGAGUUAAGACUGUGUCACUUGCACACAACCACCACCCAGAUCAGUGAUGAUAUAGCCAAAGCGUUCGAAAUAUCCGUCCAGAUUUCUAUUCCUUUGUUUGGGUUUUCAUUUUUCUUUUCGCUUUUCUUUUAAUUCCCUUUUCCCAACUGGUGAAGAUUUCCCGAUUCAAUGAUGAUCACGCGGAGAUUGGAUCGCGAUUUGCUUGCUUAAUUAUAGCUGUUAGCGAUUGCUCUGUGUCGGUGUGAAACAUUGGAGGGAGAUUUUGAUGAAUCCUUUCUGUUCGUGAUAAUCAGUCGAAGUGAUUUACUGGAUUGUUGGAUUGUUUAAUUUCAAGAUUGCUUUCCAUUUCUGUGAGCAUGGCGAGGAGGCAAGAUCAAUUAGAGAUCAAGUUUCGGCUGACCGAUGGUUCUGAUAUUGGCCCUAAGAGUUUUCCUGCUGCUACAAGUAUUGCUACCUUGAAGGAGAGUAUUCUUGCUCAGUGGCCAAAUGACAAGGAGAAUGGUCCAAGGACUGUAAAAGAUGUGAAGUUAAUUAGUGCCGGAAAAAUACUGGAAAACAGCAGAACGGUGGGGGAGUGCCAGAGUCCGUUAUGUGAUAUCCCUGGUGGAGUUACAACAAUGCAUGUGGUCGUGCAACCCCCUGCUGGGGAUAAAGAGAAGAAAGCAAGAAGCGAACCGAAGCAGAACAAGUGUGUUUGUGUAAUAUUAUAGCACUCUCAGCUGAAGGGAUCAAAGAUGUCUUUCCUAGGUGAUCAAGUGUUACCCUCGCAUUCAGUUUAACAUGAUUUUUGACUGCCAAAGACUUCCUCAUGACACAACUCUUAUUUGAUCGUCUGGUUUUCGCAACAGGUAAAGAGAAAUUGGCCUGGUGAAGAUUGUGAUGCCAGUUAUAUUGUGACGGUUUCUCUGAAACAGUAAAUUCUGUACACAAUUUUCAUAGGUGGUGGCUUUCUUGGUGGUGUUUCAUUGUUGGGUUGGUAUAAUUGUUUGUUGAAAUGAAAUCAACUCUAUAUGUUGCCUUCAUGUACCUGAUUAUAUAUAUUAAAAAAAAAAUUCUUCUUAUGCUUAAAGGGAAUAAACAUACAACCAUGACCUUGUUUCCUA